UCUUAGCCAGCCCGCGUGCGGCAUGAGGUGGAAUAUUGCAAAAAUAUUAAAAAAAGAGAGCUUUGACCUUUCAUAGCAGCAACAACAGCAACAACUUUUACGGACCGAAUCAUCAUCAUCAUUCAGCAAGGGGAGACGACGUGGAACACAACCAGUCAAGUGAUCUGAUCACACCCAUUUACGACACCCCAACCACCUUUCGGCUUACUUGCCGGUGUACAUAUAUAAGAACGAUCAUCUUUCCUUAGAUGGUUGACAGCAUUCAUUCACACUUGACAAGUUUGUAUUCGAUACGAUUGUAAGUGAUGACAUCAACAGCAACAGGGAAUGAAGCGGGACCAUCCCGUACAAAUGCCAAAACUGCCAUCAAACAAUCCAAUUCCAGUCCACCUACACCGUUGCAACCAUCAGAUGCCACCCCCACAAAUGGCAUUCCAGAUCCGUCAAUGGCAAUGGCACCUUAUAUGAACAAUAGCAAUGCUUCAGCAUUUCUGCAAGAGCUGGGUUUAGGUGAGAAUGGGAUCGGUGGAUCAGUGGAUGGCACGCAGCCUGGAUUGUGGGAUUUCACAGGAAACGGAUUAGGUGGUGAUCAAUCAGGACUUGGUUUCUUAAACGGAGGACAAUUUCCAACAUCAUUUGAUGCAGGACAGAAUCCAGUCGCUUCUGCACCUCCAUCUUCCAUGUUUACAAACGCAAUCAAUCAAAAUCAAUCCAGUCAGCAAGCUCCCCAGCAAUCUUCACCCAAUCCUAAUCAAGCAGCCAUGCUAAGUACGAGCAGACCAACAGGCUCUCUCAUUCCGACACAUGUAUCCAAGAAUAAUCCGUUCUUGAACAAACUGCGCAGUAUGGUAGAUGAUCCAAAGACGGAUGAUUUGAUUCGCUGGUCAGAUGAUGGAGAGACAUUUUUGGUGCCCAACAAUGUUCGAUUUGGAGAUGAAGUUCUGCCGCGAUUCUUUAAGCAUAACAGGUUCUCCUCUUUCGUUCGUCAAUUGAACAUGUAUGGAUUCCACAAAGUGCCUCAUUUACAACAGGGUGCACUGAAGACCGAUCCUGGUCAAGAUACCGAGCUUUGGGAGUUUCGUAACGAUAACUUUAAACGUGACAGACCCGAGCUGCUCCUGCAAAUGCAAAGAAAGAAAGGUGUUCGUAUCGAAGAUGAAGGGAAGGAAGACAGUCCAACGAUCGGCGCUGUAAAGGGAAAAGAGAACGGAAAUGGAGCUCCUGUUGCGCUGGAUGCGAUUAAUGGUGCUUUGACUCGUGCUCAAAGAGGUGAAGGAGAAUCAGGAUUAGUGCAGUUAGCAUCGGUUUGGUCAGCCAUUGCAGCUUUGCAACAAUCACAACAAGGUAUCAAUGAUAAUCUACGGCAUCUGCAUUCCAAUAAUUCUGAAUUGUGGAGAGAGGCUGCCGAACAACGUGCAAGAAGCAAAAAGCAAGAAGAGACUAUCAAUAAGAUGUUACGAUUCUUGGCAGGUGUUUUUGGUGCACAAGAUGUGAAUAACAUCGGUCAAUCGAAUCAUAGAUCGGAAGAUUCUUCUGCUUCGAGCAAUAAUAGUACUCCUCGUGCCAAUGUGGGUAAGAACCGCAGAAGAUUGUUGAUUGGGGACGGAUCAUCACAAGGCGGUCAAAUUGAAGAGUUGGAAGUGCCAAGCGAGGAUGAUAAUCAGGUGGAAGAACUAACCCCGCAAGCACGUAUCACUGAAGCAAGAUCGGGAACAAAUUCCCCAAACACAUCUUCUUCGCCUCCUUCACGUUUUAUUCAUUUGCCGGAGACACCUUCUGCCAAGAAGGGCGGAGCUAAUAACGACAACCGAGCAUCUUUGCCUUUUGUAGCAUCGGAAACAGCAUCAACGCCUGGUGGAGGUAGGCGUAUUUCCCAACAAGCUGGUGCCCAGCUGUUGAGUGCUUUGGCCAGUGGUGAAGCUCAAUCUUGGUUGGCGAAUCUGUUCGGACAACAACAAGCCGGACCCAAUACCCAGUCCAAUGGUACGCGAAACGAUAAUCUCAAUUCUGCAGCUUCAGGAUCAGGUUCGUUCAAAUUGGAUGCUCAAACACUAGCUGCAUUGCAGAACAUCAUGAGUGCUGGUGCUCAGGCUGGAUCAGGAAGUGUGAAUGAGGGAUCUAAGCAAGGGGGUUACUUUGACAAUGCACAAGCUGGACGAUCUGGAGCAUCACAAUCAACAAAUGUGCCAGGAUGGGCAAAUGACUCAGCUGCAUUAUCGCCCCGUGCUCAAAGCUCUAAUGAUCAAAGUCAAUUGUCAAAGAUGGUUCCUCAACAGCAGCAACAGCUUCACAAUGUCACACAAGAUGCUACAGCCGUUCAAAAUGCUCUCAAUGCCUUAGUGGAAGGGUUACGAAUUGAAUCACAAGGAAAUGGACAACCAGCUGAUACGACGGCAAGCACGAAUGCGGUACCUUCUAGUGUUGCCGGUAAUGUGGACGCAAGUGGAGAGGUAGAUAUGGAUUCAUUAUUGAAAGAAUUUUUUAAUGAGAAUGGUGCAGGAGGUGAAAAUGAUACUUUUGAAGGACAAACGCCUGCUUUUGCGUUCAGUCCUGGCGGUGAGGCUGGAUCACCAAAAGAUGAAAAUGGGGUAAAUACUGCAGGAACACAAAGUGAAAAGACAAGUUUGACGAAUUCGCCAACGCAAAAAGCUGUUGGAACAGGCACAUCAACGCCUGCCACCACCUCUACUUCACGCAAACGUAAACCUGCAGAAGAUUUGGAGAUGUUGGACGAUUCACAAACAAAUACUCUCAGAACUCAUGGAGGAAAGACGAAAUCGACUAGACAACAGAGUGGGAAUUGAUAAUGAUGCUAUGGAUGCUCACCACUCUCUUUUUGUGUACGAAUAAAUGUAUAUUGUAGAUUGUAGUCUUUGUACUAAUUCAUACCAUUGUUUAAAGC